GUGAAGGGGCGGGGCGACCGGCCAUAGAAGACCGUGAGGCAGCGCAAAGGCACCUUCCCAGCAGGCUUUGCGCGGGGCACCUUGCUUCCUUGGAGCGAGCGCGUGAGCGGUUGAUUGCGGGCUAGCCAUGGCGCUUCACGUCCCCAAGGCCCCGGGCUUUGCCCAGAUGCUCAAAGAUGGAGCAAAACAUUUCUCAGGAUUAGAAGAGGCUGUGUAUAGAAAUAUACAGGCUUGCAAGGAGCUGGCCCAGACCACCCGUACAGCAUAUGGACCAAAUGGAAUGAAUAAAAUGGUGAUUAAUCGCCUGGAGAAGUUGUUUGUGACCAACGAUGCAGCGACUAUUUUAAGAGAGCUAGAAGUGCAGCAUCCUGCUGCCAAGAUGAUUGUGAUGGCCUCUCAUAUGCAAGAACAAGAGGUUGGCGAUGGCACAAACUUUGUUCUGGUAUUCGCUGGCGCUCUUCUGGAACUAGCUGAAGAACUUCUGAGGAUUGGCCUGUCAGUAUCAGAGGUAAUAACAGGGUAUGAAAUAGCUUGCAAAAAAGCUCAUGAGAUUCUUCCUGAUUUGGUGUGUUGUUCUGCCAAAAACCUGCGAGAUGUUGAUGAGGUGUCGUCGCUGCUGCGCACCUCCAUAAUGAGUAAGCAGUACGGCAGCGAGGAGUUUCUGGCCAAGCUCAUUUCUCAGGCGUGUGUAUCUAUUUUUCCUGAUUCUGGCAAUUUCAAUGUUGAUAACAUCAGAGUAUGUAAGAUUCUGGGCUCUGGUGUUUAUUCAUCCUCAGUAUUACAUGGCAUGGUUUUUAAGAAGGAAACGGAAGGCGAUGUGACAUCUGUCAAAGAUGCAAAAAUAGCCGUGUACUCUUGUCCCUUUGAUGGCAUGAUAACAGAGACAAAGGGAACUGUGCUGAUUAAGACUGCUGAAGAACUGAUGAACUUUAGUAAAGGAGAAGAGAAUCUUAUGGAUGCACAAGUGAAAGCCAUUGCAGGCACUGGUGCAAAUGUCAUAGUGACAGGCGGCAAAGUGGCAGAUAUGGCUCUUCAUUAUGCUAACAAGUACAAUAUCAUGCUGGUGAGACUGAACUCAAAGUGGGAUCUCAGACGACUCUGUAAAACAGUUGGUGCCACAGCUCUUCCAAAAUUGACUCCUCCCGUCCUAGAAGAAAUGGGACAUUGUGACAGUGUUUACCUCUCAGAAGUUGGAGAUACCCAGGUGGUUGUUUUUAAGCAUGAAAAAGAAGAUGGUGCCAUUUCUACCAUAGUUCUUCGAGGUUCUACAGACAAUCUGAUGGAUGAUAUAGAAAGGGCAGUAGAUGACGGAGUUAAUACUUUCAAAGUUCUCACAAGGGAUAAGCGUCUUGUACCUGGAGGUGGAGCUACAGAAAUCGAAUUGGCCAAACAAAUCACAUCAUAUGGAGAAACGUGUCCUGGUCUUGAACAGUAUGCUAUUAAGAAAUUCGCUGAAGCAUUUGAAGCUAUUCCACGGGCACUGGCAGAAAAUUCUGGCGUCAAGGCCAAUGAAGUUAUCUCUAAACUCUAUUCAGUACACCAAGAAGGAAACAAAAAUGUGGGGUUGGAUAUUGAGGCUGAAGUUCCUGCUGUAAAGGAUAUGUUAGAAGCCAGUAUUUUAGAUACUUACUUGGGAAAAUACUGGGCUAUUAAACUGGCCACUAAUGCUGCAGUCACUGUACUUAGAGUGGAUCAGAUCAUCAUGGCAAAACCAGCUGGUGGGCCCAAGCCUCCAAGUGGGAAGAAAGACUGGGAUGAUGACCAAAAUGACUGAGGAACUUUGUCAUGGUGAAGAGUUGUGUUUGUAGAGUAGAACUUGCCCAAUGUUUUCUUACUUUUCUUAAAGUAUUUGUGUUUGUUCUCUGCUGGGUGGUACAAUAAACGUGUUACUGUUCUGGCCAUCUGAUUAACUACUGCUUGUGUCAAUGUCAAGUUACUCACAUGACUGUUCUCAUUAUAGAUCUGGACUGCUUCUAAAAGCAAACUGCUAUGACCAUACCAUGUAUCUAUGUUGGCAGUUGCAUUCUACAAGGGACAGACAGUUUGAAUAGUUGUAACAGAGACCUAAGAGGCUAGAAAUCGUUUCUCAUUUCCAAAGUUAUUUUUCCAAUCCCAGUCUGGAUUUAAGCUCCAGUAACCUGAUACAGUGGCUUAUAAAUUGGUUUGUCACCAUGCCAAAGUUCAUAAGCUUUUCAAUAAUCACUGGCUGACUUUUCACAAGGUUUUGCAGCAUAAUGUCUAGAGUCACACUGACACCAGGACUUCACAUCGCUUCCAGCACUACAGUAGUGAAACAUGAUGCUGCCAGUAGGGUUACAGUAAUAACUUAAAAAUUUAAUAAAGCACGUUUUGGGAAUAUCACUUUAUUGAUGUGUCAAGAACUACCACCCAGUCAGUUUAGUUAUUCAAAUCUUUCCUAAAGUUGAAACUAGAAAGAGUAAAAACCAGUAUGCUAAUACAAAAACUGCUGUAAGUUAAUUUUGUCUGUAUUUAAAUAAACAUGAUUUUUUUCUGUCAUUUA